AUGGCAUUGCCUUUGCUGCCAACAAAUUGUAUAGCUGAAGGUUUUGAAACUGUAAGGGCAUACUAUAUUGAGAAUGUGCAAUCAUUGAUUAGCAAUAAUAAUGAUUACAAUUUUACAUUAUUAUUUGAAUAUUAUAGAUCAACAUUGCUUGCAGGAAUAAAUGCAGAUAUAUUGUCGGUGAGUGACACAGUUUGGCAAACCAACAAUGUGUUGAAAGUAAGUCACAGACAUCUCCAGAUACACAUGCAAAAUCGGCACAAUCUUGAGCCAUGGGUGUUUUUGAAGGUGCUAAUUACUUACUCGAAUGGUGUUUUGAACGAUUAUAAUGAGGCUACUGAUGGUGUACAAGUAAGAGAACCUCAAUGGCAAGUUUGGAUAGAACAGCAAAGGAAUUUAGAUAGAUCAUUGAGACUGUUUAUAGAAGGACGUUGA